AUGCCACCCCACAGCCCUGUCUCCGUGUCUUGUCUCCAGCGAGCCUGUGAUCAUUGCCGGCGUAAAAAGGCCCGAUGCGACUCAAUAGACAGCACCUGUACAAGAUGCCGUACAGCGGGCCAUAAUUGCACGUUCGAUAUCCCUCCUGGCAAGCGAGGACCCAAGGGAAAGCCUAGACGCCGUGAUAUUGUCAAUGUCCAAGAUGACACCAGCCAACGGCAUUAUCCGAUCGAGCGCGCAUCCCAUUCUUCUUCCAUCGCAUCUCUCCGGGAUCCGACAGUGCUCGAUCGAUGUGUGCUUCUCGCCGAUGCCAUCGCCCAUGCUUCCUCGUUCGCGACAUCGCUCGAACCCGUGAUCCGAGAAUGCACAGAUCUCUUCUUCAGCUACAUCGCUCCUUUCAACAUGUCGGUGCACGAACUUACUUUUCGCCGCUUGGUGAAUCAGGCUUUUGAGACCUUACCGUCCGGGGCCUCGCUCUCCGCCUCUGCCUUCGCUCUUAUUACCGCAGUAUGCGCCAAAGUUUGUUUCUUUCUACCUUCAGACCUGUUUGCGCUUGGUAACUGUCUUGGUGAGACAUUCCUCAAGGCUUCGCGCAGUUGUCUUGCCAGCUACAGUGACGCCGAUCUCGAGAACCCCUGUGCCGACUCCAUUACCAUUCGAUACCUACACUCCAAUUGUUUGCAUAUCAGCGCAAGACCGAAGGUUGCAUGGUAUGUAUUUGGCGAGGCUGUUCGGCUUAUCAUGCACAUGCGCCUGCACGAUGAAUACUCAUACCUCUCACUACCCUCUGUCGAGGCAGCCAUGCGUCGCAAUGCCUUCUGGCAGGUAUAUAUAGGAGACAAGUCAAUGGGUAUACUCCGGUCCAUGCCAAUCACAAUAUGUGAUUACGCCUUCGAUGGGGGCAUAACGGCGGCCUAUCCAUCGACCGACCAAAACGAACUAGUUCUCGGCUACAAUCUUGGAACACAGCUCUGGCGGUCUGCGGCAGAUCUAUUGUUACAAAUAAGAAUGGCUGGAAAAGGCCAACCUUCUGGGCCUGAGCUGUCGCAACCAUCCUUAACGCCGCUCGACCAUAGAACUCUGAGCGAGCUCUAUGUUCGCUUCGCCACCUGCAUAGACAGUCUUCCAGCUCAUCUUAUGCCAGAUAGUAUAUCGAUCUCUUGCGACGGGAGUACCACGCAUAACGCGUUUGCGGUUCAGAUAGCAGAUCUGCAUGUAACCUAUCACUGCUUGAAGAUGCAUUUUACCUUGGCGCUUGAGAAGAUCGGAUAUUUUUCCUACACAGGAGAGUCCGUCGAUAUGUUGGUACUCAGGAAGACAGAGGUCGCUGAAUCUAUGGUACAGCUUCUGCAAGCUCUACCGUUCUGGUGCUUGCAGGUCAGUGGGGAGCCUUGUGUGCGUGAGCGUCUACCCCAUAACUCCCUACAACCUGCCAAACACUGA